AAGGAGGCGCUCGGGCUUUCUUUCUCAGGCUGAGGAACUGGAGGUUCGAAGGACUUACAGCCCGCUCUAAAAAGUCCACCAUGGCGCCCAGCUCGCAGGCAGACGAUGUUGUUUCUGGUGUUCGUAAAGGGAUUCGUGCUAUCCUGCUGGGGCCUCCCGGCGCUGGGAAAGGGACUCAGGCUCCCAAGCUGGCAGAGAAGUUCUGUGUGUGUCAUUUGGCCACUGGGGACAUGCUGAGAGCGAUGGUGGCCUCCGGCAAUGAAUUAGGCAAAAGAUUAAAAGAGACAAUGGAUGCCGGCAAACUGGUAGGUGAUGAUAUGGUGGUUGCGCUCAUCGAGAAGAACCUAGACACGCCUGCCUGCAAAGAAGGGUUCCUGUUGGAUGGGUUUCCACGCACAGUCAAACAAGCAGAAAUGUUGGAUGAUCUGCUUGAGAAACGCUCAGAGAAGCUGGACUCUGUAAUCGAGUUCUCUGUCGAUGACAGUCUCCUGGUGCGCAGGAUCUGUGGCAGACUUGUUCAUCAGCCCAGUGGUCGCUCGUAUCAUGAGGAGUUUAAUCCACCCAAGGAACCCAUGAAGGAUGAUGUGACUGGGGAGCCUCUGAUUCGUCGUAGUGAUGAUAAUGAGAAGACACUACACUCGAGGCUGGAGGCCUAUCAUAAACAGACAGUCCCUCUGGUGCAGUACUAUAGUGCACGUGGCAUACACCAUGCCAUCGAUGCUGCUCAGUCCCCCGACAUCGUCUUUGCCUCCAUCCUUGCUGCCUUUUCAGCUGCCACCUGUAAAGACCUUGUGUUAUUCAUUUAAACGUUUUCUCCAUCCCUCUUUUUCCUUAGUGUCUCUAUCUCUUUCAUGAAAAGGUUUGAAGGAAAAUGCUGCACUUGUGUGAGAGUUUGCCAGCUUAAUGUUGUUUGGAAGCAUGUUGUUGUUACCACUGUGCCCAUGGAAACAUGACCGCGCUAACAAAGUUCUUUUCUUACAUUACACACCGAGGCACUUGUAUUUUUAAAUUGUGCAUUAUUAAGUGCCUAAUGGUGGCGUAUGUUCAUGUGUAUAUAUUGUCGUUAAAAUAAGCUCCAGUUUUAGAGGCUUUGUAUAUUUGUGCCCAAACAACCAGCAGCAGGUCUAGACGAAACGCAAGAGUAAAAAUAAAAAGAAAAGAUAGCGAGAAUGUCUUAUUUUUUUUCUCUCACAGAAAUCUCACUCACCAAGUCAGCAUGACCGAUCCAUUGCAUUUUUUUUUCUUUCUAACUCCUACUACUUUUUCUUUCCAGUCUUUCUUUCAGAUUGUCAGUGCUGCAUGAGUUACUCAAUCUAGAAUUUGAUAUUUAGCUCCUCAAUUUUGUUUGUGAUUUAUUUUCCCUUGUGUAAUCGACCACUACUAAUCAAUUCGACAUUUAAUUGCACUUUAAGCUAGAAACAGCUUUUACUUUUGUAGCUGUACCUUGUUCUUGUAGUUCCUAUUAUGGCCACCAGGUGGGACGUGUAUCUAUUGUUUGUUUUUUUUUGUCUCCUGCAGUUGAAAAAAUGAUUUGAUCUUCCUUGAUUUCCCUUUUUGCGUCCAUGUGAAUAGAAUAUUUUUAUUUACUUGAACCGUUUUUUUCCCCCUU